AUGGUUCCGGUGACUAUCCUUCCAUCUAUUCUCCCCCACGACCUCGUCGCCGAAAUCCUAUCCUUCCUUGACGUGAAAUCUCUUACGAAACUCAAAUGUGUGAGCAAAUCAUGGAACUCACUCAUCUCCGAUCCCAUCUUCGUCCAAAUGCACCUCAAGAAAUCAUCACAAAACCCACACAUCACACUGUGUUCGUCUAAUGACGGCUUUUUCACACUCCAUCCUUUCCCAAUACGUAGUUUACUCGAGAAUCGGUUUAUGGAUCAUCCUGAUCACUACCAAUUCGUGGACCGGGGAUGUAACGGAUUUGUUGGUUCAUGCAAUGGAUUGAUAUGCAUGCUCAGUGAUCGUAUCGAUGGUAAGUAUCAAAGCUCUUGCCUCCGUUUCUGGAACCCGGCCACGAGGUCAGUAUCGAAAAGACUCGGCUAUUCUUACGUUGAGCUUAGGGUUAGACAUCUCUAUUUAAAAUUUUCGUUUGGUUAUGAUAACACAACCGGAAAAUAUAAGGUUGUGGCCUAUAGUCCCGGUAUUGCGAAAGUGUUUAGUUUAGGUGAUCAUGUUUGGAAGAGUAUUGAAAGUUUCCCUUCGACUCCUUUUCGUUGCACUCGUUCUGCUCGGACUGGUUUGGAUCAGAAUGGUGGUGUCUAUUUUAGUAACAGUCUUAAUUGGUUUACCCUUUGCAAUAACAUUGUUUAUCUUUACUCGGAUUGGAAAGAUCUUAACGAUACGAUUGAACAAUUUGGCAUUAUCUCGCUUGAUUUGGGGACGGAGGAAUGCACACAGUUGCUCGUACCUCUAGAUUUUGAUGAAAUACCACCUAUUAUGCCAAUUGUUUGCGUAUUGGCAGAUUGCCUUUGUUUUUGUCAUUAUUCUAAGGAAAAUGAUUUUGUUAUAUGGCAGAUGAAAAAAUUUAGAGUUGAAGAGUCUUGGACUAUGUUCCUUAAAUUUAGUUAUCAAAAUAUAUGUAUUGGUUCUAGUUAUUUUGAAGAUCGCCAUUUAUUUCCAUUAUACCUUUCUGAGAAUUGUAACACAUUGAUAUUAGUGAGUGAUCGAGGACACGUAGUUUGCUAUAAUAAGAAAGAUAAUAGAGUAGAGCGAAGUGAUCUUACCCGUGGCAUAUAUCGGCUGGUUGCCAAGGAUUAUAUUGAAAGUUUGGUUUCUGCUUGUUGA